GGGAAUAAAAUCAGCAGUGUUGAUAUUACAAAAUGACAAAACAUCCUCCGAAUAGAAGAGGGAUCAACUUUGAGGUGGGAGCCCAGUUGGAAGCCCGUGACAGAUUAAAAAACUGGUACCCAGCGCACAUUGAAGAAAUUGAUUAUGAAGAAGGAAAAGUUCUUAUCCAUUUCAAACGCUGGAACCACAGAUACGAUGAAUGGUUUUGUUGGGACAGUCCUUAUUUGCGUCCCUUAGAGAAGAUACAGUUAAGAAAAGAAGGAUUGCAUGAGGAAGAAGGUUGUGCAGGAUUUAACAUAAAUGAUCAGGUGUUGGCAUGCUGGUCUGACUGCCGCUUCUAUCCAGCCAAAGUUACUUCUGUUAACAAAGAUGGUACAUACACUGUGAAGUUUUAUGAUGGUGUAGUUCAGACUGUCAAAAACAUUCAUGUCAAAGCUUUUUCCAAAGGUCAGAAUAUUGUGGGUAAUGCUAAGCCUAAGGAAAGAGGUAAUGAAAUUCUGUCAUCUCCUGAAAAGCGGGAGAAAUUUAAAGAACAGAGGAAAGCAACAAGUAAUGCAAAGAAAGACAAGGAUGAAAAGACAUUAAAGGCUGAGCAAAGAGUUAAGCAACCUGAUAAAGAAGGAAAAGGCAAGGUCUCAGAAAAGAAUAUAUCUAAGAAUGGAAAAGAAGAUAAAGAGAAUAUAUCAGAGAAUGAUAUGGAAUAUACAGUAGAUACACAAAUUGAGAAGAAACCUGAGAAUAACAAUGUAAAGAGUCCACAGGAAAACACAAAAGAAACUAAGCGAAAACGUGGAAGACCCCCGAUAACACCUCCAGCAGAGCCAAGUUCUCAGACGCUGCAGCCCAUAACUUUGGAAUUAAGACGUCGGAAAAUACCUAAGGGAAGUGAAGUUCCGUCAAAGCGUCCCAGGAUUGAAAAAAACUUGUCUCAGGAAAAAUUGAAGAACUCCUCAGGUAACCCUGAAAGAGACCAGAUCAGGAGACGAUCUUCAAGACUCUCAUCUGGUGUUAGCCAUGAGAUUUUAAAUACAGAUCAUGUCACAGCUUCAACGGAAAUUCAGCCUUUGAAAGAUGCAGUGUCUAACCAAAAAGAAUCUGAGAAGGUCCAGUUGGAAGUUCCUGUUGAAUCUGACCAAAGUUUGAGUGAAGAAGGAUCUCCUGGAAAUGCGUCACAUAGCACACCACUUAGUACAGAUGCCGGUUUGCAGGAAGAAAAAGUUGAAGACACUGAGUCUUCCUCUGUCACUGUCAGAACUCAGCCUUCUGCUGCUACAGUAACAAAACCUUGUAGGACAGCAGACUUUCUUGCAUCAAAAAAAGCCGCAACUGUUGAUCAAGAUCACAAGUUUAGAUGCAAGUUCUUGGACUGUUCAAAAUCCUUCCGCAAAGCCAAGUUACUGCAUUAUCACAUGAAAUACUUUCAUGGAGUGGAGAAGGCUGCAGAAUCACAGCAGAGCCCUGUAAAAAGAAAUAUUCAAACAAGAGCUGCUUUGGCUUCUGAAAAAGCUAAUCAAGAAAGGUCAAAAAAAGGACGGACCACAGCUGGUUCAUUGUCUAUUAAAGAACAUGAGAAGAACAAGGAAAGAAAAUCCAAAGACUGUGGAAGGUCCAAGUCAAAGAAGAAGAAAAAAAAGAAAAAGAGAACUAAGCCUGAAUACUCUGGCAGCGAAGAACACACAGAUAUUUCACAGGAGCUUUCUUCUGAAAAGCCAACGAUCACAAAAUGUAUUUCUUCAAAUAAAUCAUCUGCCCACCCAAGCAUGCUGCUACACUGCUCUGAUUCUGGACAGCACAGAGGAAAAUCAAAACCAAAUGAGGAUGACACCCUAAGUGAGUCGUCUAUGGACAGCUUGCUUUGGAGUGACGAUGACUGCAGUCAGUACGUGGAUGUGACCACGAACCCUGACGAAGAAGUUGAAGAAAGUGAUUUUGAGAUUGUUCGCUGUGUUUGUGAAGUCAAAGAAGAAAAUGACUUCAUGAUUCAGUGUGAAGAGUGCCUGUGCUGGCAGCAUGGAGUCUGUAUGGGUUUACUGGAAGAUAAUGUACCUGAGAAAUAUACCUGCUAUAUUUGCCAAGAUCCUCCAGGUCAGAGGUCCAGCUUAAAGUACUGGUAUGAGAAGGAGUGGUUAAGUCAUGGUCACAUGCACGGCUUAGCGUUUUUGGAAGAAAAUUACUCACACCAGAAUGCCAAGAAGAUUGUAGCCACUCACCAGCUUCUUGGCGAUGUCCAGAGGGUGAUAGAAGUACUGCAUGGGCUGCAGCUGAAGAUGAGCAUAUUACAAAAUAAAGAACAUCCUGACCUACAACUUUGGUGCCAGCCAUGGAAGCACAUUACAGUGGAUAAAAAAAUUCAUACAAAACACAUCAUUCACAUUGAGGAAAACUGUUGCAAAGAGGAGACAGCGAGUUACCGAACUUGGAAUGGGACAGUUGAGAAACCCUCAGCCAUUCCUUCUGUGGAGGAAUCUUACAUUACGAGUGAGCACUGUUACCAGAAGCCUCGUGCCUACUACCCUGCAGUAGAGCAGAGAUUGGUUGUGGAAACAAGAGGUUCAGCCAUGGAUGAUGGCGUAAACAGGAUAAGGGAAAAUGGGGAUGAUGCCCUGUCAGAGAGAUUUGGCUGGAAUCUGGAUCGAGACAUAUGCAAGGUGGAAAACGAAUCCAAACACAGUUACUCUAAGGUCAGAGAGUCUGACUCUAAGAAAGUCUUUCCAGAGGAAGCUAUUGAAAUGAAACUGCUGGAAAAAGACGAAGAAGGAGUUGUGAACUCACAGCUGCAGUGGCAGCUUAAUCUUUUAGCUCACGUGGAGUCUCUGCAAGAUGAAGUCAUACACAGAAUGGACUUCAUUGAGAAGGAGCUUGAUGUUUUGGAGAGUUGGCUGGAUUAUACAGGAGAGCUGGAACCACCAGAACCACUAGCUCGACUCCCACAGCUCAAACAUUGCAUAAAGCAGCUCAUAACGGACCUAGGCAAGGUGCAGCAGAUUGCGCUUUGCUGCUCAACAUGAGACCAGAAGAUGUUGGAGACUGUUACUGAGUGUGGAGCAACGGAUGCAAACAGCUCUGUAUAUUUAAAUGAAAUUAGCAUGCUGGUUGCAUGUGGUGCAGAUUGACUUCAGGGAUCUGUGAAGAAGUGC